UUCCAAAACCCUAAACCCCUAAAGUUCCUCUUCUCUCUCUCUCUCUCACAACAUUUGCUCUGUCUCUCUCAAUUUCACCAUCGUAAACAGACAAUGAGGUCUCCAAGAGGUGGUGGCCGGAGUGGUGGUUUCAGAGGCGGUCGUGAUGGAGGAUUUAGGGGAGGCCGUGACGGUGGCUUUCGUGGUAGAGGUGGUGGUCGUUUCAGCGGUGGUGGACGUGGCUUUCGUGAUGAAGGACCUCCCUCUGAAGUUGUAGAGGUCUCAACCUUUAUCCAUGCUUGCGAAGGAGAGGCUGUCACAAAACUCACACAUGAGAAAAUUCCGUAUUUUAAUGCUCCCAUUUAUCUUCAAAACAUGACUCAGAUUGGAAAAGUUGAUGAAAUAUUCGGUCCUAUCAAUGAAUCUUACUUUUCAAUCAAGAUGAUGGAUGGGGUUGUUGCUACUUCUUACUCUGCUGGUGAUAAGUUUUAUAUUGACCCAAUGAAACUCUUGCCUCUUGCAAGAUUUCUUCCUCAACCUAAGGGACAAGCAUCUGGUGGUAGAGGUGGAGGAAGAGGCGGAGGAGGUCGUGGUUUUGGUAGAGGACCUGGCCGUGGAAGUUUUCGUGGAAGGGGUCCACCAAGGGGAAGAGGUCCUCCUAGAGGACGUGGUGCUCCUUUCCGGGGAAGGGGUAGAUACUAAGAGAAUCACCAUUUUAUGUAAUUUUUGUUUUUGGUUCAAUCAUUUUGUUCGGACAGUGUUUCAAUUUGAAUUGAUGUUGAAUUUCUAUCUAUUUUCUAAUGUAUUGUAGGGUUCUAUUUGAUCUUGGUCUGUUAACUUACUAGGUGUGAUGAUACUCACAGUAAUCCUUGCCUAUUUCA